GUUUACCUAAAACAUUUACUUGAAAUAAUUUGGGUUUAAAAGCAGAGAAUUUGCUAUAAUAAUUUUAAUGUAGUUCCGUCUGGAAAAGACAAUUUCAAUUUAACAGUCUCGACAAAAAUGAAAUUGGUUAAAGAUGAAUAAUUAUUUGAAAAUCUAUUUACUUUUUAUACUCGUUCAAUUGUCUUAUCAAAUUAAGAAGAAAUUGCCCAACAAUGCAAGACCAAGUCACUAUGAACUGAAGUUUUUGCCACCAUUAAAUUCUCAGAUGAAUUCAUUUAUUGGUGAAUCGAAAAUAUUUCUACAAGUUUUUGAAAAAACUGUAAAUUUGACAUUACAUUCAUUCAACUUGGGCCUUAAUGAAAAAAGUACAAAGCUCACACGCAAUGGUGAAGACCUAAAGCCUCAAAAUCAUUUUUUUGAUAAAGAAUCUCAAUUUUUGAUACUUAAUUUUAAAAAUGAAAUCGAGCCGGGAAAUUAUAUUCUUUAUUUAAAAUUCACUGGCGAAUUAGCUGAUGAGGUGGUAGAUUCAAGAUAUUUUGGAUUUUUUCGUCCAAAUUAUAAGAAUAACAUUGUGAUGACAACUCACUUUAAUACACUUCGUGCACGUCAAACUUUUCCAUGUUGGGACGAGCCAGAGAUAAAGGCUACUUUUACCAUUUGGGUGAAACGUUCAUUAAAAAACAAUGCUUAUUCAAAUAUGCCACUUGAAAGAAUGGUCGUCGAGAUAAAUAGCAAUGGAUUCACUUGGGUAGUUUUUAAAAAAUCACCUCUAAUGUCCGCGAAUAAGGUGUGCAUUAUAAUCGCCGAUUUGCAACCUGAAGAACAUAAUGAAGAAAACACAUUAUCAGUGUUAUUUACUGAGGAUUCGAAUAUUAUGUCAAAUCUCACACUUCAGCAUGGAGAGCAAAUAAUAUCUCUAUUUGAAAAACAUAUUGGAAUAAAAUAUGAUAUGCAAAAAAUGCAGCUAUUCGAAAUUCUCGAUAAAAAUGCGAAACCAAUGGGAACUUGUGGUCUAAUCAUGACAAGUGAACAUACUGUACCUACUGGGGAAAAUAUGGAGAAUGAUAAAGAAGUGAAACCAUUUCUAUAUUUGAUAUAUGAAUUAGCACGUCAAUGGUUUGGAUGUUUAAUUUCUGCAGCAACGCCAUCGGACUCUUGGAUCACUGAGGGACUUACUUUCUACAUAAGUCACUUUAUUCUUGGCAAAAUGAAGAAGUUUUCAAAUUACGUGGAAUACAUAAGGUAUCGAUCUUCAAUUUAUGCUUUGUACAUGGACGUAAAUAUAUACAAUGAACCUACUGCUCAAGAAGGUAGUCUUGUCAAUUAUAAUAUCAAAGCUGAAGCAAUAAUGAAUAUGAUAAGUGGUAUAUUGACGGAAGAUGUUUUUUUUACUGUUAUUAAAACACUUUUGGAAUCUUAUAAAUACAAAACAAUAACAACUAACAAUUUUUGGAAUAUCAUUCAUAAAGAAAUGAGAAAUACAAAAUUGGCGAAAAAUAAUUUUAAUAUCAGAACGUAUGUGGAGCCUUAUAUAGUAAAACAAGGAUAUCCCACUAUUUUUGUCAAAAGAGAUUAUGGAUGUAAUACUAUAAGAAUGUCACAAAGAAUUAUAAUUGAAUCAAUAUAUUCUAUUUAUCAAAAAUGGUGGAUACCAAUAAGUAUUGCACAAAGUUCAACUAUUAAUUUUGGAAUGACAUCUCUUAUCAAUUGGAUGAAUCCUCACGAUGAAAAAUUAAUAAUUGAUGGUCUUAAUUAUGAUGACUGGUGGUAUAUCGUCAAUGUAAAAAGCAUUGGUUUGUAUCGAGUGAAUUAUGACGAACGUAAUUGGAAAAGACUAGUGGACUAUUUAAAUUCGGAGAAAUUUGAAAAUAUACAUGUUUUAAAUCGAAUGAAAAUUGUUGACGAUGCUUUGUACUUUAAUAAGACAAAAGAAAUAUCGCCAAACGUUAUCAGGGGCAUAGAACAAUAUAUAUAUUCGAAAAAAGAUAUUGUAGCCGAAAUGAUAAGUCGUGAUUAUUUAGAGUUACUAGAUUAAUAUAUUUUUUUUCUGCUUCUUUUCAAUAACUAAUUCUUAUAUAUAUAAUUACAUACUUAUCAUUAAUAAUUUAUAAAUAAUAAUAAUAAGAGUAAAAUUUAUAUACAAUUUUAUUUUAUAUGACGAUUUAAUGCUAUAAUAAAUAAACGAAAAAUUACAUUGAACAAAAAUAAAUAACUAUAAAUACAUGA